CGCCGCAAUCGCGACUUUCAACGUCCUUCAAUCCCGCCUGAACCCCAGCAUCUGGGCCACUCGCUUGAUUCUCUCUCUCUCCUUUUCUUUCUACCUAGCUAGGGUUGGGGAAUCUUAGCUAUAUUCACCAUGCUGUCAUCUCUGACGUCGAACAUAUCCAACCCGCGCCAAACGUUGGCGCAGGUCCUGAACUUCGCCCUGGUACUGUCCACGGCGUUCAUGAUGUGGAAGGGUCUCUCCGUGUUCACCGCGUCGUCUUCACCCAUCGUCGUGGUGCUAUCGGGCUCAAUGGAACCGGCUUUCCAACGGGGCGAUCUGCUGUUCCUCUGGAACCGUAGCCCUCGGGCUGAGGUGGCCGAAAUCGUCGUUUACAAUAUCAAGGGCAAGGAUAUUCCUAUCGUGCACCGGGUGGUUAGGACAUUCCCGGAGGUAGAUGCGAAGACCAAGAAAGUCAAGGCGAUUUCUAGCUCGUCCUCUGAACCGUCACACAUGCUCCUCACUAAGGGAGAUAACAAUGCCGCCGAUGACACCGAAUUGUAUGCCCGAGGCCAGGAUCAUCUGAAUCGCCAGGAGGAUAUUGUUGGAAGUGUGCGGGGAUAUGUUCCUUUGGUCGGCUAUCUACAGACAAUGGGUAGCCAGAAGAGAAUUGCAAAGGUACUGCGGCAUCGUAGGUUAGAGCUGGCCGAGCUUGUGGAAUCACCACCUACUGGCAUCUCCGUGGAGUUAGCCGACGAGGCAAACCUGUACGAUUGGAAGGUCUAUAUGGAGGGUCCCGAGGGAUCACCAUACCAUAAUGGAAAGUUCCUCGUGAAGCUCAGCCUGCCCACCGGGUACCCGUUCAAACCGCCGACGAUCAACUUCGUGACCAAGAUCUAUCACCCGAACGUGACCAACGAUGACAAGGGCAGCAUGUGUUUGGGGAUGCUCAAGUCGGACGAGUGGAAACCCAGCUCACGCAUCGCGGCUGUGCUGGAGUUCGCUCGACAGCUCCUGGCCGAACCCAUGCCGGACGACGCCGUCGAAACCAGGAUUGCCGAGCAAUACAAGAACGACCGGACACGCUACGAGGAGAUCGCUCGAGAUUGGACGAGGAAGUACGCGGGGGAGGCCAAGGCAUGACGGGCAAUACUUUUUUGACGUUUUAAUUUCUACACAUACACACACUACGGAGUAGACGGGGGAUCAGUUACGGAAUACUGUACUCCGUGCUCGUACGGAGGACUUACAUAGUUAUCCCCUCUCUCUUUAUUCUCUGCAUGCAGUUCUAGGCGUUCUCGACGGGUCAUCUUCGAGCGGAUAGGUCACAUACGCGCCAGCAUUCUAUUGUCUUACUGCAUAUGGGUGGCAGGGGGGACUUUUUCGGCCCUUGGGCUCUCUACUUGAGCUAUUUUUUGGUUAAUUACCUUGGAUGAUUGACCAGAAUCUGUGAUAGACGUAUUUUGCCAAGGUAAAACGGAGUACGGAGAGAAUAUCUAGUACAGUGGUCACG